UGGUCUAGUUGAGCUCAGUUCGGAUCAGAUCAGAUGAGUCGUCGCUCUCGGGGAAGAACUAAACCCCCUAAAUAAACCGCUUUAACCCGCGACCUCUUCACUUCCGGACCGAACCGGGAAACUUAUUUAACCCGAAACGGGAGUGCUGAGAGCGGAGGGAAGGAGGCGGGCAGAGCCGCUGUGCUGGGAACCGAACGUCCGCCGCCCGCUGCUCCGUUCACCGCCACGCCGCCUGUCACAGAGUCAGGGGACUCCCCGUCUCCUAUCGAGUUGAUCGGAUUUAAGUCGCAUAGACACCCGUGAGUGAGGAUGGAGAAGAAGAGGACGGAGUGCCCCGCGCUGCCGCCCGGCUGGAAGAAAGAGGAAGUGAUCAGGAAGUCCGGGCUGAGCGCCGGGAAGAGCGACGUCUACUACUACAGUCCGACGGGAAAGAAGUUCAGGAGUAAGCCCCAGUUGUCCCGUUACCUCGGCAACAGCAUGGAUCUGGCAUGCUUCGACUUCCGGACGGGGAAGAUGAUGCCCGGGAAGCUGCAGAAGAACAAGCAGCGGCUCCGACACGACGCGCUCAGCCUGGCCAAGGGAGGAAAACCGGAUCUGAACACAGCUCUGCCCAUCAGACAGACGGCGUCCAUUUUCAAACAGCCCGUUACCAAGGUUACCAAUCACCCCGGUAACAAGGUGAAGGCCGACCCGCAGAGAGCAACCGAGCAGCCGAGACAGCUGUUCUGGGAGAGAAGGUUAAAAGGUCUCCGGUCGUCCGACGUCCAAGAGGAAGUUCUGAGGACCAUGAAUCUGCCCAAAGGCAUUCAGAGUGUGGGUCCAGACUCCGGAGACGACACCCUCCUCUCGGCCAUCGCCAGCGCUCUGCACAUGAGCUCGUCUCCGAUCACGGGACAGACGUCGGCGGCGGCCGAGAAGAACCCGGCGAUCUGGCUGAACACGUCGCAGCCGCUGUGUAAGGCCUUCACCGUCACAGACGAACACAUCAGGGAGCAGGAGCUGAAGGUGCACCAGGCCAGGAGGAGCCUGGAGGAGGCGCUGAUGGCCGAUGGUUUGGCGCGGGCCGCCGAAAACACCAGGGAGCUUUUAGAGGGGAAGACGGCCUGAAGACAGACAGGUGAGAGAGAGAGAGAGAGACAGGUGAGAGAGUGAAAACGUGAGCGACAUCCUCGAGAAAACUUGACACGGGUUCUAGGUAGAGCUGCAACUAACGAU